AUUGCAACUUAUUUACUUUGGGCUUUAAUUUAUUUCCUUGUUAGUUUUUAAUGGUUUUUUUUCUGUCCAUACUACGUUGAUUCUGUGAUUAACGGAUUUUAGCUUAAUUGUUAUUCUUUGAAAAAAUUAGUCAACUGUCAUUAAUAUUAAAAAUCAAAACCGAAAGAAAAGUAAACAAACAAUAAACAAUUAAUACUUUAUACGUUGUAUGAGACUUUUGCAGUUAUUUCCAUAACUACGAUUUAUUAAGAAUUUAUUGAUUCAAUUUUAUAAUGAAGUAAUUUUUAAACCUAAGAGACAUGACGAACUGGCUUUAUUUUAAACGUUCAGCUUUAUAAGUUUUGGAAUAUCUGAUAAAUUAGGUAAAACAAUGAGUGAUCAACCAGUCUUCAUAGAUGUUUCCACUGGUAUUUAUGAUACUUUAGAUACGAAUAAUGAAAUAAAAAUUAAGGAAGAAGUUAAUUUUGCCAGCCCUAAACCUGAGAUUGACGACAUACUAACAGUCAAGAGCAAUAAAUUUAAAUGUCCAGAAUGUAACUAUUUAUCUAGAAAACAGGAAUUACUAGACAGACAUAUAUUAAAGGUGCAUAGAGGAGAAAAUCCAUUUCAGUGUUUCAUGUGUGAUUAUACAACAUCUAAUAAAGGAAAUUUUGCCGAACACAUCCGCAGACAUGAAGGCAAAAAGCCCUUUAAAUGCUCAUACUGUCCCCACAGAAAUGUCUCCAAGAAAAACCUAAAGAAACAUGAAUUAAUACAUCGUCCAGACAAUCCUUUAAAAUGCCCCCAUUGCGACUAUAUUUCCAAACAUCAAAGAGAGUUCGGAUCGCACACUAGAAAAUUCCAUUCCACGCAAAAUGGUGUUUUGACAUGUGUCAAAUGUCAGACAACGUUUGACGACCAGGACAGCUUGACAGAUCACGUCAAGUCGCAACUGACAUGUGAGAAGUGUACAUUUGUGGCGUGCGAUGCUGGCAUUUUAGAAAAGCAUUUGGUUAAUCAUAGACAGAAGAGGAUUGAGAAAAAGAAAAGUUUAUGGACUUGUAGUAUCUGUAGUUGGUCAUCUUGCAAACAUCCUAAAAUAUUGUUGCAUCUUAUACAUCAUCCUAAUCAAGAAGUGAAUGGUAUUGAUAUAAGUAUUUUGCAGAAACAUGGUAUUAUGUGAUCCCGAAAACACUAAAUAAAUAAGACAGUAUUAAAUGACCAUGCGACUUGACUGUGCUGUGAAGAAGUUGCGUGGAUUCGGUCUGGUGCCUUCUUAAGUUCUCAUGUAACUUUCACACGUGUAUAUCCUUUCUGUAACUAAUUCUAAUAUAUAAAAUUCUCGUAUCGCGGUGUUUGUGGUUAAACUCCUCCGAAACGGCUCGACCGAUUCUCAUGAAAUUUUGUGUGCUUAUUGG